AUGGAAGGCAGCGAUGAAAAGCUCCCCAUCGGGGUCGAGAAGAAGAAACCCACUUUCCAGUCCCAAGGACUGCAACGCCGUUUGUUGCGAUGGGGUGUCGAAGCAAGAGGAAUCCGGCCGGUCGCAGUAGAGGAGCGAACAGACACACAGUUGACCAAAAUCUUCUUCAUAUGGUUCUCUGCAAGCUUCAACUUGCUCCCCUUCUCAGCUGGUUCAUUAGGUCCAAUCGCUUAUGGACUUGGACUGCGCGACAGUUGUCUCGUCAUUCUCUUCUUGAACCUACUGUGCUGUCUCCCGCCGGGAUACCUAUCGACAUGGGGACCUAAACUUGGUCUACGGCAAAUGGUCCAGGCACGCUACAGUUUUGGUUAUUUUGGCGUCAUUGCUCCCGUUCUGCUCAAUCUCAUUGGUAUGACGGGGUUCUGCAUCCUGGACUGUAUUCUAGGUGGUCAGACACUCGCGGCUGUCGCAGACGGAAACCUAAGCUGGAGUAUCGGAAUCGUCAUUAUCGCCGUCAUUUCUUUGCUUAUCUCGUUCUGUGGCUGGAAAGUCCUCCACUGGUAUGAGCGGUUCGCUUGGAUUCCAGUGUUCGUCAUCUUCCUCAUUGCGGUUGGUCUUGGGGGCAAGAACUUCAAGAAUAUCCCUUCUGUGGAGCCACCAACUGCCCAGACCGUGCUAUCCUUCGCUGCUGUGAUCGCUGGCUUUGUAUUGACGUGGUCGCCAUUGUCGUCCGACUUCAGUUGCUAUAUGCCGCCUGAUGCUCCAAGUAAACGGGUGUUUCUUUACUCGUAUCUCGGCCUUGUCCUUCCUACAGUGUCGCUUCAAUGUUUUGGUGCACUGAUCGGUGCUUGUUUAUCGAGCGUACCGAAUUGGGAGGCUGGAUACGAAGGCGGCGAUGUUGGCGGGAUCUUAAACGCCAUGUUGAGCCCAGCAAAAGGCUUCGGAAAGUUCUUGACCGUUCUUUUGGCGUUGUCGGUGAUGGGAAAUGUCGCUGCAACAUUCUAUUCCAUCUCUCUCAACCUGCAAAUACUCGUCCCCGUCCUUGUUGUGGUUCCACGCUAUGUUUUUUCCAUUCUGGUCACAGCCAUCGUCAUCCCUCUCUCUAUAGUCGGUGCCCACAACUUUUACUCGACAUUAAGUAACUUCCUGGGGCUUAUUGGAUACUGGGCUGCUUGCUAUAUCGCCGUUGUUCUAGAGGAACAUUUCAUCUUCCGCAGAGGAGACGCGUCGCGGUACAACUUGGCCGAUUGGAACAAAUCCAAACGACUACCGUCAGGACUUGCAGCUGUCGUAGCGGGGAUGUGUGGAAUAGGAAUUGCGAUCCCGUCAAUGGCCCAGGUUUGGUACACUGGACCAAUCGCCGAAACAACGGGUGAUAUUGGGUUUGAGCUGGCGUUUGUGACGACCUUGGUUGUGUAUCCUCCUCUAAGGCUACUAGAAAUUCGUAUACGAGGUCAAAUUUAG